AUGCAAUCCAGACGAGUUUUAUUGAAUCUUAGCAGUGCAGUAAGAAGUUCUUUUCACAUACAGCGUCGUUCAAUGCGUGCACGAACAUUCAUAACGUUAAAUUCUUGUGGUCCUUUACGUUCUUUUGAAAUAAUAAAUGGAAUAAAAAAUGUUAAUAUAAAUAAGGGAAAAUUGUAUAAGUUAUCAAGUUAUCAAUGUCAAGUUCGUACAAUGUUCAUUCAAACAGAAAUUACGCCUAAUCAGGACUCUUUAAAAUUUAAACCCGGAGUACCAGUUAUGACAGACGGUAAUACUGCAGAAUUUCUUUCAGGAAAUUCGGCGACAAUUUCACCUCUUGCAAAAAAAUUAUUUCAGAUAGAAGGUGUCCGAGGCGUAUUUUUCGGACCUGACUUUAUUACAAUUAGCAAAGAUCAGGAUACACCUUGGCAAUUAAUGAAACCCGAUAUAUACGCAAAUAUUAUGGAUUUCUUUUCCUCGGGACAACCAAUAUUGACAGAAGUUCAAACACCUUCUGAUACAAAAAUUAAAGAUGAUGAUCCUGAAAUUGUUCAAAUGAUUAAAGAAUUAUUGGAUACAAGAAUUAGACCUGCAAUACAAGAUGAUGGUGGUGAUAUUGAAUAUAAAGGAUUUGAUAAUGGAGUUGUUAAGUUGAAACUGAAAGGUGCUUGCAGAUCUUGUGACUCUUCAAUUGUCACACUUAGAAAUGGUAUUGAAAAUAUGUUAAUGCAUUAUAUUCCGGAAGUUACUUGCGUAGAACAAGUUUUGGAUGAAGAAGAAUCAAUUUCUCAACGAGAAUUUGAAAAAUUAGAGCAAAAAUUAGGAAUGACUUAA